AUGAGCGCUUUAGUGCAGCAUAAUAAUACGCCGCACUACCCGCAAACAAUAAUGAAUAGUGGUGACAGUGGAGCCCGACAACAACGUCCAACUCAUAAUCCAUCGAAAAAUUUAGAAUCACAUGAAUUACAAUGUUUAUUUGAGAUACUUGGACAUAAUCGUGUGACUUUAGCAACAGCUGUUGCUCAAGUUUUACAUGGAUAUAAUGGUACCUGGAGAAAGCAAGCAUGUGGAGUUUUUUGUUUCGUAAAAGAUUAUGAUAAUCGAAGUUAUUGUUUUCGAUUAUAUGAUCUUAAAUCAAGACAAGCAAUCUAUGAAGAAGUAGUACCUGCAGUACUUCGUCUUGAAAAAGCAAUGGAUGUUUUUUAUACAUUCGAUGGAUCGAAUUGUAAAAUUGGAAUCAAUUUUGUUGAUCGUGAUGAAGCACAAACAUUUUCUCAUCAUUUUCAUUCGAAACAAGAAGAUCGACAAAGUAAAAAAGAAAAGAAGAAAACAAAUCCAACAGCAAAACUAGCACCACCAAACAUUCAACCACCUGUUUCAUCACCGGGUGUAUCAACUAUGAUGAAUGGAACAAAACCACCAACUAACGCUAUAGUACAAACACAUACACCAGUAGUAUCCGUCCCUGUUAGUACUGCAAAAAAACCGAAUAUCGCAAAAAGAGAAGGUUUUCUAACACUUCGAAAAAAGAAAAAAGAAGAGCGACCAACUAUAUCUGCACCAAUUCAAUCUACAUUGGUUCAUGUUGGUCAUAUUGGUACAAAAGAUAGUUUUUUUAAUGAUGACUCUCAAAAACAAUUAUUCGAAGAUGUAUUAUCUAGUCUGGGUAUAUCCGCAGAAGAUAAAUUGUACGUUCGAGAAAUAAUAAAUACAGAUGGUGGUUUGCAAAAACUUUUAGCUAAACCAGGAGCAUCUGUACGUGAUACUAAUAAUCAAGGACAACAACAAAUGAUCAGUGGUGCACCGGAAAUUCCACCACGUAGUUAUCCAACAAUAGGUCGAGGUAAUGCUGGCCGAGCUCCACAUCAAGAUAUAUCUACACCAUCGUCUACUCAUAAUCAACCAAAUUCAAAUCGUUCUCAACCAUUGCAAGGAAUAUUUACUCCACCGCCUAGCCAAACUCAACAACCAGCACCAUCGAUUCCACCAAGACCAGGUCCUCGUGCACCUGAUAAUACAUAUCCACAGACACAAGCACCACCAGCUCCACCACCACCACCUCCACCACCACCAUUCUUUGGCGCAUCUAGUAAUGAUCAAAAUCGUGUACAUGCUCCACCUGCACCACCGCCGCCGCCACCUCCUCCACCACCACCAGCACCUCCAAUGCCGUCUAACAUUAUGAACCCAAUUCAAGGUUCUGGAGGACCUCCUCCACCUCCACCGCCUCCUCCACCAGCUCCAGUACUUCCAUCGGGCCCAGUAACACAUCCAGUAUCCGUACCAGUUGUAACUCCGGCACGUGGUAAUUUACUUGAUGACAUUCGUAAUAUUGGCACAUCCAGAUUGAAACAACGAACUGAGAGACCACCAUUACCUGAGGUUACAUCCGUAGGUGACUCAAGUCCCGGACCACAAGAUACAAUGGCAUUGAAUAUUCUAAAAAUUCUUGCCGAAAGACGAGAAAAAAUUGUCGGACCAGAUGCUGAAGAUGAUGAUGAUACAAGCGAUGGUGAAUGGUCUAAUUGA